UUAUAAUCACUUAUAGCUUCUUGGGGUGGUUCUGGGGAUGGGUGCUAGAUGAGGCUAGUGGUUACUUUAGGAAUCCACACCUGACCGGUGACACUGAGUAUGCUUUAACGGUGCCAGUGGGGUGAGCUACAAACUUAGUCACCCGGUAGGUACGUGUGGUACAUCCCUUUUGUUCUGUGUAUGAGGGAAUUUUAUUCUAUGUAUGAAUACAUUUUAGUGCCUAACAUCCUCCUUUGUUUCUGUUUCCUGCCAUUCCCCCACUCCCCCAACAACAUGGGGCGACGUUGGCUCAGGCGGUAAGAGCAGUCGUCUGGCAGUCGGAGGGUUGCCAGAUCGAUUUCACCCUUAUGGGUGUCAAAUUGUCCCUGAGCAUGACCCAUAACCCAUAAAUGCUCCUGACUAGUUGGUUGGUGCCUUGCAUGGCAGCCAAUCGCCUUUGGUGUGUGAGUGUGUGUAUGAAUGGGUGAAUGACAAGCAUAAAUUGUACAGCGCUUUGUAUUUUGGAACAGUUGCAACCAUCCCCCGGAGCUCAUGGACCACUCAAAUCAGCCCCCCAAACCCCGCUCUGAGGUCCUGGACUGCAGCAGCUCUGCUCCUCCCUGGUCGAGCCCAAAUUCAUCCCCCUACUCUCUGAACUCCAGACUCUACAUCCCUCCAUAUGGAUUUUCUAGUUUCACACAUCAAAUAUAUUAUAGGCCAGCGGAAGAUGGGGAUCCCCUCCUGAGAUUUUUUUGUUUUUCACACCAUUCUGAGUAAACUCUAGAGACUGUUGUGCAUGAAAAUCCCAGGAGAUUAGCAGUUACAGAAAUACUCAAACCAGCCCGUCUGGCACCAACAAUCAUGCCACGGUCAAAAUCACUGAGACCGCAUUUUCCACCCCGCAUUCUGGUGGAUAAUGUGAACAUUAACUGAAGCUCCUGACCUGUGUAUGCAUGAUUUUAUGCUUUGCUGCCACAUGAUUGGCUGAUUAGAUAAUCGCAUGAAGUAGGUGUACAGUAGGUGUUCAUAAUAAAGUCCUCAGUGAGUGUGUAUUCAGCUGUAUAAAUGGAUGCCAUGUAAUAGGGUAAAAGGGAAAUUGUGUAUGUUGCUCAUAUUGGAGCAAAAUAGCUAAAUGUCAGUAAUGUAAUGCGAAUGUUUCUCCACAUUGUAGCGAGACUCUGUGUCCUCAAUGACAGUGGAUCCAGAGGGUCGUCAAUAUGAACAGAAUCACUUGCCUUCUGCAGACAGUCAGUGUCCAAAGAUUUCAAACAGUUUAACCAACCAUCCCAAACCCACCUGCAGGUGUUUGGGGCCUCAAAAGGAAACUGUAAGUUCCUCCUGUUUGGAUGAAGAAGUCCUCAGAGAGACUGAAAAGAGAAAGCCCAGCUCCGCCCACCCUGCUCUGGUCAAUGGCACAGGAAGCGAGUUGCCAUGGUACCUGACUGUAAUACACGAGAAGGAGCAGAAUUUGUUAAAGCUCAGCAUGGAGGUCAAUCGCCUGUCAGAAUUUGAGUGGCAGUGCUCUAGAAAAGACCACGAGCUAUCAGUGCUGAAAGAGAAACUGACCGGAGUCACAAAUCAGCUUUGUCUUGCUCACAAAGAUGAGGUGGUCAAAGCACAGGCGGAGGUGAUUCUGCGCUUGAGUGAGGAGACCCAGCGCCCGCACAGGGUGGUGGUGGAGGAGGAGGAGGAGGAGGAGGAGGAGGAGGAGGCCCUGGAGAAGGGUCAGUCACUCACAGAGCUGAGGGAGGAGGUCCAGAGGACGGAACAGCCCGGCCCUCAGUGGGCCUCCACACGUCCCCCUGAGGAGGAACGAGAAGCACCCCAGAACAAGAAACUGAACACGUAUCUUUUUGUGCAGUGCCCCGAUUCAGAGACAGAGAACUUGGGGUGUCUGGCUGAGCACAAAAGAGGGCAAGGCGAAUGUGAGAUGACAAAAAAGGCCCUGAUGCAGGAGUUGGAGGAUACUAAAAAUAACUACAUGAUCUCCACCGGUACAGUCUGCUCUCUGAGGCGAGCCCUGUCAGUCAAAGACAGGGAGCUGGGUGCAGCCAGGGCCCAGGUGGAGGAGCUGAAGCAGGAGCUGAGAGACAGGAUGGCUCAACUGCAGGCCAUGUCCAGAAAGUUUUCUUGUCUACGGGAAGGAAAAGUCAAUGAGGAACUCACUGCAGCUCUGGAGACCGAAAAUUAUUCUCUGCGGCAACUGACGGCACAGCUGAAGGAGGAGGUGCUACAGAAGGGCCAGGUGGUGGACGCGGUCACAGGGGAGUUGCAGCAGCUGCAGAAGGACCUGGUGAAGGAAAGGGCUGCCCAAGCUAAGCUGGAGAGGCAGGACCAGGCCAAUCAGGACACCAUCAGCGCCCUUCACCUGCAGCACAGCAGAGCCAAAGUGUCCCUGGGGCAAGUGCAGACCAGGUUUGAAAGGCUGCGGGUGAAGAUCAUUCAGGCUGCCUUUUCUGCUCCUGGUGCUAAACAGCCCCAGACUGAAAUCAGCGACGCUGUCCUUCUGCAGACCUUGCAGAAAAUAAUCGAGGACCGGACAGCGUUCCACCAAAGACUGCAACAGAAAGGAGAGAAAAUGCCUCCCCUCACAACAGCAGAGAUGCAGAGUGCGAAAACUACAUCUGCGACAGCUAAAUCCAAGACCUGACGGACAACCUGUCACUUUCGUCAAGUCUCCCAGUAUUCCCUACCUCAGCAGUUUUAUAACGGUGUUAUUUAGCUUGAACCGGAUGUUGAUUCAGUCAACCUAAAGUGUUGAAUUUAAUCAUGAGCCCAAAAGUAAAAAGGAAUAAGUUAGGUAGACGGAGUCAAUUCAUUAUUAUGGAAUAGACUACAUUCAGAUGAAAUUAGAUUAUUUUCAGAUGGGUAGGUUAUAACAGUGUAUGACUUUUUAAUUACAAUUUUAACACCCGAAUUGAACUAAUUUCUGGAAUGCUAUAAUGUUAUUUUUAGGCAAAUUAUAAUUUUGAAACCUAUUUGUUAAACCCAUUAACAUUGCAUUUUAGGGAUUACUACGCAUAUUGACUAAAUUCAAUUCAAGUCAGAAGGAUAAGUACAGUAGUUAUAUUAGACUGCACAUUUAUUAUUUUAACACAACUGUACAUUAGUGAGGACAGAGUUACUAGUAGCUCCACUUCACUUGCCAGAUCUCCUGGGAUGUAAAAAUAACUAAAACUUUUUACAUCCCAGGAACUUCUUUUGUCAAGAUUCAGCCAAACUGCAGUGAACUAAGCUUCAAAUUUAAAUGUGAAGCACUAGAUAUUUUUCAUUAUUCAUAUCAUUUUUCAAGUUUGUUAUUGAAUAUUAACCAAACAAAGUAAAAUAUAUGAAACCUAUACAAAUGAAGGAUGAUGCACACAGAUGGCAGAUGUCAUCUUACCUUCAGUAUUAUAGAAACUAUAAAAAAGAAAACUAUAAAACCUAGUCAAAGAAAAUAAAUCUAGUUAACUAAAAUAAAUCAUGGAGAUUCUCAUUAUCACCAAGCUGUCACUCCCAAGUAUUUGUAUAAAAGUGGAGUAUUGUUUAUGCAUUCUGUUCCUCAUGAAUGUUUCAAUGUUUUUCAAUUAAACAUUUUUUAUUUUUA